AUGGCCGACACAGUAGAGGCUUUGCAUCAGUGUUGCCAAGCGACAAAGAACAAAGUGGAAAGGAUCCGAGUGGUGAUCGCUGCAGCGAACAUGAGCCACGACAAAUUCAGUUUUCAUGCUUUGAAACUGUAUUUGAAGACAGUGGAUUCCUGCUAUGAGGAAUUCAAUGGAUUUCAAAAUCGAAUUUAUUUGACGGAUGCCAGCCGCAAAGCUGAAUUCGAACAACACUUCAUUGAAUUCGAGGAGGUCUACGAAUUCACUCGGAUCGCAAUAAGUGAGAUGAUUCAAGCCCACGAAGAUGAACGAGCUGCUGCUGAGGCCUCCAAUGCAGAUCGACUGAGCCAACUGAGUGUGAUGAACGCCAGAGGAGCUAGCCAACCGGGUGGCAGCAGCUCAACCAAUGCUCAAGCACGGAUUCCACCUUCCCUGAUUUUGCAACAAGCGCCUUUACCUACCUUUGACGGGCGCUACGAUCAGUGGUUUAAGUUCAAAGCAAGGUUCCGUGAUAUUGUCGACCGGUGUGUACAUGACUCGGAUGCUACGAAACUACAUCACCUCGACAAAGCUUUGAUCGGAGAUGCUAAAGGUGCAAUCGACGAGCAAACUCUGAACGACAAUAACUAUGACGGGGCCUGGAAAAUACUCAUCGACCGAUACGAGAAUUUGCCGAUGGUGAUCCAUGGACACAUAACCAAACUGCUAAAUUUGAAGCCGAUGACCAAGGAAUCUACCCAUGAGUUGCGAAUAUUGGUCGAUGACUGUGUAAAACGGGUUGAAUCGCUCCAAUUCCACAAGUUGAGGAUGGACACAAUGGGUGAAGCGAUCAUCAUCACACUCUUGACGUCAAAACUCGAUCCUGCUACAAGAAAAGCUUGGGAGCUGUCGGUUCCACACGGUACACUGCCGGCAUACCAAGACACUGUUGCUUUUUUGAGGAACCACUGUCACGUACUGGAGCGCUGCGAACAAGGAAUUAGCUCGGUGAAAGGCAGGAAUCAAAAUCCGAUUUCCAGACCCUCCGCGGGGAUUGCUGCACACAAAACACACACUGUGACAGUUCAGAAACCGGACGAUGGAUGCUCGAUAUGUUCGGGAAAGCAUCUGAUCGAUACCUGUGAAACCUUCAAGAAUAUGCAGGUAGAUGCGCGUUAUGAAAAGGCGAAGCAGCUGGGAUUGUGUUUCGGAUGCCUCAAAAGAGGGCAUCGAACGGGUGCUUGCAAGAACAAACCGGCUUGCCCAUCUUGCACAAAGAAGCACCAUCCACUGAUGCACUACGAAGAGAAGAAAAAGCCUGUCAGCACCGACCAACCGGCACAAAGUAAACAAAGUGAUGGUUACUCUGGCAACCCACCGCUGACGGCAGCCAAAUGUGUUAUUCCUUCUGAACCGAGAGUGUCGAAGAAACAAAUCCUGUUGGCAACGGCGGUAGUGAAAGUUUUCGACUGUUGUGGUGUCCCGUAUGACUGCCGUGUGCUUCUCGAUUCAGGCGCGAUGACGAGCUUCAUUUCGGAGCGGAUGGCGAAUUUGCUGAAUCUACGAAGAGUGAGCGCAAACGUUCCCAUCGUUGGCGUAAACGGGAUGAAGCAAUUUGUGAAGUUCAAGAUUUGUGCGAAGGUGGCUUCGAAAACGACCAAUGACAGUUUCCUUUUGGAGUGUCUUGUGGUUCCACGAGUAACUGGACCCCUCCCGGCGACGAAAAUCGAUUCUUCAAGUUGGCCGAUUCCAGAUGCGCUAGAGCUGGCUGAUCCAAGGUUUUACGAACCAAGUCGCAUCGACAUGCUGAUUGGUGCCGAGAUGUUUUUUGAGCUAAUUCAAGCAGGAAAAUGCCAGAUGUCACCCGAUUUGCCUGUGUUGCAGGAAAGCUCGCUAGGCUGGCUGGUGGGAGGCAAAAUAGCCGGUGCAACCGCGUUCAACAUUGUGAAGGUGUGUCAUGCAAAACCAACGGAGGUUAACAACGAGCAGCUGAGCGAGUUACUCAAACGGUUUUGGAUUGUUGACAAUCAGCAGGACGACAUGCAUGUUGAAUUCGACGAGUUUUGCGAGGAUCAUUUCAUGAGGACACACACACGAACACCGGAAGGGCGCUACGUGGUCGUGAUACCUUUUCGUGACAAUCUUUGCGAGCUUGGUGAAUUCCGAAUGCAAGCCGAGAAGAGAUUCUACGCACUCGAACGCCGACUGGAACGAGCCCCCGAAAUGAAGAAGAUGUACGUGGAUUUCAUCAACGAAUACCUAUCACUAGGCCAUUGCCGGGUGGUGAAUGAAGUUGACAGUUCAACAGAUGGUGCGUAUUAUCUGCCACAUCACUGUGUUGUAAAACUGGACAGUUCCACUACUAAACUCAGAGUGGUGUUCGACGCCUCUGCGAAGAGCACCACCGAUGUCUCUCUGAAUGACGUCAUGAUGAUCGGCCCGACUGUACAGGACUCACUGUUCGACAUUGUGUUGAGAUUUCGAAUGCAUAAGUAUGCCUUCACUGCCGAUGUCUCAAAAAUGUAUCGCCAGGUGCUGGUGAGUCCUGAGCAUAGAAAAUAUCAACGCAUUCUAUGGAGAGAAAAUAGAACUGAUCCGUUGAAGGAAUUGGAACUGAGUACCGUAACCUACGGAACCGCGGCGGCGCCUUAUCUAGCCACCCGCGCCAUGGUACAACUUGCGAGAGAUGAACACGACAACUACCCAACGGCAAGCGAAUCUGUACUGAAAUCGGUCUACAUAGACGAUGUACUCGACGGUGCGGAUACACUAGCCGAUGCAAAGCAGUUACAGAAUGACUUGACGGUGCUACUUGCCAAAGGAGGAUUUGAACUUCACAAGUGGUGCGCAAACGACGUGACACUUCUUGAAGAGAUUCCCGCCCAAGCACAAGAAAAGCUGUUGAAGGUUCAUGAAGGCGACGAAAGCGGUGUAAUCAAAACCCUGGGAAUACUUUGGAACCCGACAAAGGAUGCCUUUAUGUUUCGGGUAAAGCCAGUGGACGAAGGCGCUACAAAACCGACGAAGCGGUUGGUAUUGUCCGAAACAGCUAAAUUGUUUGGUCCGAUGGGGUUUUUGGCGCCAGUUGUGGUUAUUGCCAAAAUGAUAAUGCAGCGACUGUGGAGCGACAAGAUGAAUUGGGAUGACCCCCUUCCCGAAGAGCAGCUGCGCGACUGGAAGAGACUGAGGACGGAGCUCUGUAACAUCAGUUUAUUUAAAAUCGAUCGAAGACUGACAGCGGAUAAUGUGACGAAAGAAGAACUCCACGGAUUUGCCGAUGCCUCGAUGAUGGCAUACGGUUGUUGCAUUUAUUUGCGAAGCGUGAAGACGGAUGGAACUGUACAAAUGCAGCUGGUUUGUGCCAAGUCGAAGGUGGCACCCAUUAAAGAGCAGCAACGUCCAGUGAAACUCAAAGCAGAAGCGGAAGAGAUGACAAUCCCACGGCUCGAGUUGUGUGCGGCGCUCCUACUGGUGGAGCAGAUGAAAAAAGUGCGCGAAGCCCUAGCAUUUGACACCGAAAAGGUGGUGCUAUGGGCCGAUUCGAAAAUUGUGUUGUGCUGGGUAAGAAAAAUGAACAUAAAGACUACAGUGUUUGUAAGAAAUCGAAUAAUGAAGAUUCGUAACUUGAUGCCGAAUGUUAAGUGGAACUAUGUAUCGUCGAAGGAAAACCCUGCUGACAUAGUGUCACGGGGUGUCUUUCCCGAAGAACUUAUAAGGAGUGCUCUUUGGUGGACGGGACCUGCGUUCCUGCAUGUUGCAGAGUACGAAGACAGCAUCAAAGUGUGUGGAUCGAAUUACGACGAAGAUUCCGCCGUAGAGCAGGCAGUAACAGUUGCUGUCGAUGGCGGCACUGAGCGAUCUGUACCGGACAAGAUAGUGACCAGUGCAAUUGCUGAGAACAGAAUGUACGAACUGAUCCUUGGUUGUAGCAGUUUGAGGAAGGUGCAGCGAAUCGUCGGAUACGUUAACAGAUUCAUAUUCAACUGUCGGGCAUCAAAACGUAAACAGGAGCGACGUCACGGAUGGUUGAGCAGUAUUGAGCACAACGAUGCCUUGAUUGCUAUGGUGUUUGUUGUCCAGCAGUGUGAACUGUCCGAGGAUAUUGAUCGGGUGCAGAAACAAAAACCGGGGGGUAAAAUGUUGAAGAACCUGAACCCGAUCUACGACACCAGUGAACGAUUGCUGAGAGUUGGUGGUCGUAUUAGGCAUUCUGACCUGCCGAGGGACCAAAAACAUCCAAUGGUUCUCCCGCAACGCAGUCAUUUUACGGACAUCCUGAUUGAAGCACUACACGUAGAAAACUUGCACGUUGGCCUGAAUGGCCUCCUGGCGAUUGUGAAGCAGAAAUUCUGGCCUGUCAGUGCGAGAAGAGCAAUUAAUCGAGUGCUGCAUAAGUGCGUUACGUGCUUUCGUUCGAAGCCUACUGAGGUACAGCAGUUUAUGGGCGACCUCCCUGCCUGUCGAGUAACAGCAGAUCUGCCUUUCGCAAGAACGGGGGUUGACUACGCUGGGCCAUUUCUUUUGAAGGUAGGUGCCCGAUCCAAGAUAAAACUGAAGGCAUACAUUAGCCUAUUUGUGUGUAUGGCCACUAAGGCUGUACACCUCGAAUUGGUGUCAUCGUUGACAACGGACGGUUUCAUCGCGGCACUUCAUCGAUUUGCUGGACGCCGUGGUAACCCGUCAGAAAUUCUUUCAGACAACGGUUCUAAUUUCCGUGGUGCAGAUCGUCAACUUGCGGAAUUAGUAACACUUCUGAAGUCGCAGGUCCUACAACAACGUGUCAAUGAUUUCUGCCAGCCAAGGGGAAUUUCGUGGAAAUUUAACCCCCCACGUGCCCCACACCAUGGAGGAUUGUGGGAGGCAAACGUGAAGUGUAUGAAGGCCCAUCUUUACAAGGUGUUGAAUGAAAGUUAUUUAACUUACGAGGAAAUGAAUACCUUGUUAGUUCAGAUCGAAGGAAUAUUGAACUCACGACCCCUUGUUCAGUUAACCGACGAUCCUCGUGACUAUGAAGCUUUAAGCCCCAGCCACUUCCUGAUCGGCCGCGAACUGACAGCUGUUGCCGAGCCGAUUUACGAAGAUCUGCGAGAGUCAAGUUUGUCAAGAUAUCAACAUGUGCAGAAAAGGAAGCAAUGUUUUUGGCGGCGAUGGUCAGCCGAAUACGUCACCAGUUUGCAGCGGCGUAGCAAGUGGUAUAAGGAACCUACACUAUUGCGAAAGGGACUAUUGGUAAUUCUCAAGGAAGAUAAUAUGCCGCCCAAAUGUGGAAGCUGGAUCGCAUCGAGGAAGUCUACCCUGGGACCGAUGGAAUUACAAGAGUUGUUGAUGUUCGAACAAGCAGCGGAAUUUAUCGACGAGCAACCACGAAGAUAG